AUGGUAAACCGGCGACUGACUACGUGGCUGGAAGACGAGAAACUACUCGACCCACGCCAAUUCGCUUUCCGGAAGGGAUUCGGCACCGGGGCCCACCUGGGCUCGCUCGGCGAGGUACUAGACAGAGCAAGGUCCGAAGGCAUCCACGCCGAUAUUGCCAUACUCGACAUAGCAAAAGCUUACAACACAGUCUGGCGCGAAGGCGUCCUUCAACAACUCCAACGAUGGGGCAUACAGGGGAACCUAGGCGUCUUCAUCCAAUAUUUCCUAACCAACCGCCGCUUUCGGGUAUGCAUAGGCGGCACACUCUCCGACGAAUUCCGCGAGGCCAACGGAGUGCCACAAGGAUCGAUACUAGCCGUGACCCUCUUCUUAGUGAGGAUGAAUUCGCUCUUCACCGCGCUACCCGGGGGCGUCUAUGUCUUCGUGUACGCGGACGACAUCAUAUUGGUAGCUCUCGGGAAGACGAUCCCCCGCACAAGAAUAUCGCUGCAGGCCGCCGUCAACGCAGUCGGCCGAUGGGCACUCGCCACCGGAUUCAACAUCGCCGCCACCAAGUGCGCCAUUACACACUGCUGCAGCACAUAUCACCCAGUCAACGCUCGUCCAAUCCGCCUCAACGGUACAGUAAUUCCGUUCCGAAAGGAACCGGUCGUCCUCGGGAUCACCCUCGACCGGAAACUGACAAUGAUACCUCACUUCCGGCAACUGAAAAAAGACUGCCAGAGCAGAAAGCGACUAGUCCGGACCAUUUGCGCCCACCACCCCAAAAACAACCGCCGAGCAGCGCUUAACGUCGUGCGAUCUCUUAUCCACAGCAGAAUCUUCUACGGGAUCGAGAUGACUUGCCGGAACCUAGACGGACUCUCCGACAUCCUCGGGCCCUUAUACCACGGAGCGGUGCGGCUAGCCUCCGGUCUACUACCGAGUACCCCGGCCGAAGCUGCCUGUGUAGAGGCAGGAGUUCUACCCUGCCGCUGGGAAACAGCCAGGGUGGCCUUCAGAAGAGCACUAAGCUUCCUGGAGAAAACUUCGGGCGACGAGUGCCCCCUUCUCACCACCGCCUCCAACCUGCACCAGGAGUUUACCAGCAACGACCUCCCACCCAUCGCUCGUCUACACCGGGUGAGACCGCGGGCCUGGUACGACCCCGGACCCAACACCGACGACAGCCUUGCUCGCACUAUAAAAGUUGGCGAUCACCCCAGCAGCAUACUAGUUAAAUAUAGACAGCUAAUUAACCGAAGAUAUUCACAUCACACUAAAAUCUUCACCGACGGUUCCAAAGCGAACGACGGUGUAGGAGCGGGGAUCAGCGGCUUGGGGAACGGGCUCUCCUUCCGCCUACCUCCCUCCUGCUCAGUUUUCUCAGCGGAAGCGGCCGCCAUUGCAGUGGGAAUGAUAAAAAGACCCACCGAUACACCGACGGUCAUCUUGACAGACUCGCUCUCGGUCCUGAGGGACGUCGCUAGCGGGACCUCCAAACAUCCCUUCGUUCAGGCCAUCGAGACACUUCGAGACCCAUUGGUUACAAUCUGCUGGGUUCCGGGUCACAGCGGCAUCAAGGGUAACACAGACGCCGACCGAUUAGCCCUCAUCGGCAGACGGGCCCGGACCCGGCUCCCUAAUGAGACUCCAACCAUAGACAUCAUCAGGGAAUUCAACAUCAGCUUGCAGAACGGAUUCACCAACCACUGGCGGAGUUCUCGAAAUCACACCCAAAAAAUCAAAGGGUCAGCCGACACCUGGACCGACCGAGACAGCCAGAGGGAACAAAAAAUACUCUCCCGACUCCGCGUGGGGCACACACGAGUAACCCACGCACACACCGUGUCCAGCGAGCCCGUCCCAGAAUGUGCCUCCUGCAACACCCGGCUCACCGUCGAACACCUGCUGGGCAACUGCCGAGAACUGGAGGACCUACGGCGUCAGUACGGUCUGACUGGUUCGAUACGGGACACCCUAUCCAACGACCCGGUUCGGGAGGAGGCACUCCUCCUCUUCCUAAAGGACGCCGGCCUAUACGACAGCAUCUAA